ACCUCAUGAAUUGGUUAUGCUCUUCACUCUUAAGACAGUACUGAAUAAGUAGGCAGUCUAUCUCUUACACUCAUAAUUCAGCCACAAUCUUUCCAUCAUCCUUAGCUUCCCCUUUUUCUUCCUAUCAUAUCUUUUCAAUACUAUUUUGACUGCCAUUUUGUUUGGCCUCACAAAACAUAACUUAUCCCCAAUGGCCAAAAUUAGACUCCUCUUACUCGUCCAUUACUUGCUCUUCAUUUUACUUACUUCACUUGCACUCUUACAAGGGUCAAGAAUUCAAGCCAUAAUUCCUCAUUCUCAAAGGGCCUAUCAAACGUUUCAAGUACCCCAGGGUACUUUACACUAUGAGGGUGGUGGAAAAGGAUGGGUGAAAAAGAAUUCAAGAAGGUUGAUGAUAGGAUCAGUGGCUCCAACUUGCACUUACAAUGAAUGCAGAGGAUGCAAGUACAAAUGCAGAGCAGAACAAGUUCCAGUUGAGGGGAAUGACCCAAUGAAUAGCCCUUACCAUUACAAGUGUGUUUGUCACCGCUAGUUCUAUCGUUAGAACAUAGCUAGCAGCCUUCCAAAAAGAAGGGUACUAUGAAAUUUUCAUCAUUUUUGCCAUUUCUGGUCUUGUGAGAGUUUCAAUAUUGUUCUUUUUGAGGGUGGGUUGCUUGAAUUUUGAUUUAUAUUGAGUCUUUUGUCUUCUAUAGUGUAAUUCUGGUUGGUUGAAUUUGGUUGUAUCAAAGUUUUUUAUCUGAAUUAUGCCUUUUUCCUUCAAAUGGAAAAGAGAUUUUUGCA